CCGCGGGCCGCCCGCGCCCUCAGCAGCGGAAGGAGGCGGAGGAGGGAGCCCAGCCGCCCGUGCCGCCCGCUCUGCCCGCUCCGUGCCGCCAGCCCGGCCCCGCUCCGCUCCGCUCCGCCGCCGCGCACAGUUUUAUUGACACUGAGGAUGAAGAAGGAUUUGCAAAUGAAAGCGCCUUGAAAUACAGCAUCUUUUGGAGAGAGCUCUGCAGUUCUCCAGCCCGUUAAAUCUCGAAUUCCACCCUUUGCCCCUGCUGAAUCCACUGUUCUGCCCUUUACUCUCUGGGGUAAAAAACCAAACAACAACAACAAAAACCCGAGGGGAAAAAGAAUACCUUUGGCAGCAGGGAAGCUUUGUGUGACUGACCCAACGAGCUACAAGUGUCCAGUUUCUGAAAAGAAGAAAACCCUUUUGUCUUCAGCAGAUCACUAGAAUUGUUUUGGGAGCGAGGAGAGUAUCAAGUGAUCAGGCCUGCUGAAGAGGAGCCUGAAGCCAUCUCUGAGUGGGGAUCCUGGGUUUGCAGGAGGAAGGCUGAGUGUGUCCCCCCAUGUGGCAGAACUGCUCCUCCUUCCCAGGGAACUGCAAGUGAAGGACAAAGGUCAAGGGCAGCUUUUACAUUCCACCCAAAAGGCACCAGAGUUUGAGAUGAGGAAUUCAGAAGAGCAAGCAGCUACGACAGUUUUACAGCGCCUGCUGCAGGAGCAGCUCCGAUACGGGAACCCAAAUGACAACCGCAACCUUCUGGCCUUACACCAGCAAGCCACAGGCAAUGCCCCCCCUUUCAGCAGCACCGGCAGCCCGGCCUCUCAGAACGAAGGGCUGAGCUCCCAGGAGCACCAGCUGGUCACUCAUGCUGCCCGCCAGGAGCCCCAGGGCCAGGAGAUACAGGUGGACAACAGCAUCAUGGAGAAGCAGCUCUCCCCACGCCUCCAGAACAGCGAGGACCUGCCGACCUACGAGGAGGCCAAGGUGCAGUCGCAGUAUUUCCGGGGCCAGCCGCACGCCAGCGUCGGGGCCGCCUUCUACGUCACGGGCGUCACCAACCAGAAGAUGAGGACUGAGGGGAGGCCCACGGUGCAGAGGGUGAGCCCGGGGAAGGUGCACCAGGACGAGGGGCUGAAGGACCUCAAGCAGGGCCACGUGCGCUCCCUGAGCGAGCGGCUGAUGCAGCUGUCCCUGGCCACCAGCGGCGUCAAGGCCCACGCGCCCGUCACCAGCGCGCCGCUCUCCCCGCUGUCCCCGCUCUCUCCCCAGCAGUCCAGCGACCCUUACAAAAAUUCUGGCUCCAAUGAGUUCUACAAGAACUCGGUGCAGCCCCCUUCCCAGCCCAGCAUCAAAGGAAUGGAGCAGCGGGGGCCUCCCCCAGAGUACCCUUACAAAAACGUGUCCACCCCGUCUAUGAACUGCAAGCCUCAGGACUCGGGGCAUUUCUAUAGUGAGCAUCGCAUGAGCCAGCAGGGAAGAUCUGAUGGGCCCAUGAUGAGGUAUCAGCAUCCCCCUGAGUAUGGCUCAGUCAGGCAGAACCCAGAUGUGCAGCUGCAGUUACAACAGAGACCACCUCACCACCACAGCCCAACCUCUUCCUUGACAUCCCUGGGAUCUUUGACUUUGCUCCAGUCUCCUCCACCCUCUAGGCUGUCCCCAUCCCAGCACCAGCAACCUCUGACUCCCAGCCAGGCAGACCCUGGCGCUCUGCCCCGGCCCCAGCAGCCUUUCCUGUCCAACCCAGUGCAGCAGGGGGAUCUGUACCGACUGUGCCAGCCCUUCCUGGGCCCCCAGCAGCAGCAGCAAGGAGACUCCUACUCCAUGAGAGCCCAGCAGAUCCCUUCCCCGUACCAGCAGGUGCAAGUGGAUCCUUUUGCCAUCGUGUCCAGGGCCCAGCAAAUGGUGGAAAUCCUGUCCGAGGAGAACCGGUCCCUGCGGCAGGAGCUCGAUGGGUGCUAUGAGAAGGUGGCCCGGCUGCAGAAGCUGGAAACAGAAAUUCAGCAAGUUUCAGAGGCCUACAAAAACCUGGAGAAAUCAUCCUCUAAGCGGGAUGCCCUGGAAAAAGCCAUGAGAAACAAACUGGAAGGAGAAAUUCGUAGGCUUCAUGAUUUCAACAGGGAUCUAAGAGAACGCAUGGAGACAGCCAACAAGCAGCUGGCAGAGAAGGAGUUUGAGGGCUCUGAAGACAAUCGGAAAACCAUCUCCCAGCUCUUUGCACAAAACAAGGAAACACAGAGGGAAAAAGAGAAACUGGAAAUAGAGCUGGCUGCUGCCCGCUCCACCAACGAGGACCAGCGGAGACACAUCGAGAUCCGAGACCAGGCCCUGAACAACGCUCAGGCCAAGGUGGUGAAACUGGAGGAGGAGCUGAAGAAGAAGCAGGUCUAUGUUGAGAAGGUGGAGAAGAUGCAGCAGGCCUUGGUUCAGCUGCAGGCAGCGUGUGAGAAGAGGGAGCAGCUGGAGCACCGGCUGCGCACCCGGCUGGAGAGGGAGCUGGAAUCUCUCCGCAUGCAGCAGCGCCAGGGCACAUCUCAGGCUGCCAAUGUCUCAGAGUACAACGCCACAGCGCUGAUGGAGCUCCUGCGUGAGAAGGAGGAGAGGAUCCUUGCUCUGGAAGCUGACAUGACCAAGUGGGAACAGAAAUACCUGGAGGAAAGUGUGAUGAGACAGUUUGCUUUGGAUGCAGCUGCGACUGUGGCUGCUCAGAGGGACACCACGGUGAUCAACCACUCGCCCAACCCCAGCUAUGACACCUCCCUGGAAGCUCGCAUCCAGAAGGAGGAGGAGGAGAUCCUGCUGGCCAACAGGAGAUGUCUGGACAUGGAGGGAAGGAUUAAGACCCUGCAUGCCCAGAUCAUCGAGAAGGACGCCAUGAUCAAAGUGCUGCAGCAGCGCUCCCGCAAGGAGCCUGGCAAGACAGAGCAGCUCUCCUCCAUGAGACCUGCCAAGUCCCUCAUGUCCAUCUCCAACGCUGGCUCAGGCUUGCUGUCCCACUCCUCAACCCUGAGCAGCACCCCCAUCCUGGAGGAGAAGAGGGAGGACAAGAGCUGGAAGGGCAGCCUGGGUGUUCUGCUGGGAACAGAAUAUCGCUCCGAAUCCAUCCCCUCCACCCCUUCUCCUGUCCUGCCCUCCACACCACUGCUGUCAGCCCACUCCAAGACAGGCAGCAGGGACUGCAGCACCCAGACAGACAGGGGCAGUGAGCAGGGCAAAGCUGCUCCUUCCCCUGCAGCUCCCACCCCAGCACGACUCCCCAGCACCAACCUGAGCUACAGUGCAGAGAAAACAGAUGGGCCACUCUUCCACUCCAGCACUCUUGAAAGAAAAGCCCCUGUUCAGACUGUGGGGCAGGACCUCCCAGAUGGAGAGAUGGUAGAAUACCUCAUCUGAAAGGCUGUGCCAGGAUCUGAGCUGGGAUAACAGUAGCAAGAAAUUUUUAAAAGACAUUUUUAUUGGGAAAAGAAAAAUGUAGUACCUGAGUAAUAAAAGAACACUCAGCUGUUUGCUCUUGUAUAUUAUGUCUCAAAAGUUUGGACAGGUUAAUUUAUAAUUUGUUCUAAAUUAUAAAAAACCCGUAACACUU